CCGAAAGUGAAAAUAAAAAUGGAAGUCAGAGAAGAAAUGUCAAAAGUGGAGCUGCAACCAUGCUACCAUCCUUUGUUCAGCGAACAAUCUUCAGUUAUAUAUACAAAUUGCUAUUGCGAAGAGAAUGUUUGGCAGCUUUGUAAUACAGUGAAAUCGAGAUUUUCUGAUGAACUCUGCAGGUGCUACUGUGUUUUCAUCUCAAAUAAGGAGAAGCAAAUUCCACUGUGGCUUCAGAAGGCAGGGAAGAAUGAGGAAGGCCUUGUUGUUUGGGAUUACCACGUUAUAUUACUUCAUAAAAUGGCAUCGGGUUCGUUUGUGUAUGAUCUGGAUUCAAGGCUCAGUUUUCCGGUGAGGUUUGAAGAGUACGCUUUCCGUACCAUACACCCGUGCUCAACACUGAAACCACAGUUUCGACGGCGUUUCCGCGUGGUGGCAGCGUCGACGUUCCUCGCGACGUUUGCGUCUGAUCGUUCCCAUAUGUUGGAUGAUGAAGGACGCUAUCUCAAACCGCCUCCUGAUUACCCACCAAUACGGACAGAGGCAUCAGAGAAUAACAUCCAGGAAUUUAUAAGCAUGGAUCCGGCUGUCGGCGUGGGGAACGUGAUGGACUUUGAACAUUUUUAUCAACUGUUCACGGAAAACAAUACUUGAUGAGAAGCAUUUUGUUAAAUAUUGAACAUUUCGUUUUUAAAGGUUUUAUUUUGUUAAGAAACGGUUGAAAGGGAACGUUUGGUACAUGGUAGUGAUAUAAGUUACAUUGAAGUGUAAAGUGUGACAGUAAUUGGAUUACUGAAUCUGUUAUCAGCACAUUUUUUAUUGGAAGUUAUAUAACUCUCUCUUAAUAAAUUAUCUAUAUAACUUUCUUUUUUAGCGCGAGGUAUUAACAUAUUUGCAACUAUGCACAGUUUCUCACGGAUAACCUGUUAUUGUUAAGAUUUCGAAGAUAAAAGUGAUCAUUUG